AUGAGACUUGGAUGCGGGAGUGGGAGGGAUGGUCGAGCACAUCAAGGUCAUUCCCACAGCAUCUCUCCAUGGUUUCCAGAUCCAUCACCAUCAAAGCAACCAGCUUUAUAAGACCACAAAGCGGCUGCGUUCGGAUCCCAGGGCCACCGGGAGCAGGGAGCCGGGAGCUGGGAUGGGCGGCGGGAGGGGAGCAGAUCCAUGAAGCUCCUCCAAGCCGGGCUGCUGAGACCUGCCCCGGCUGAGCCAGCGCCACAUCCCAGCUCGGCACCGCACCGGGACACGGAUGCUGGAGGGACACGGGCACUGCAGGGACGUGUGGGAUGUGGGAACAUUGGGGGUCCCUCUCACCCCUCUGCUCCCACAGGAAGAUGCUGUGUGGAGCCUGCAGCUGGGUGGUGCUGGUGCCGGUGCCGGUGCUGAUGCUGAUGACCAUGUCCCUGUGCUCUGCAGCCGAUGAGCUGCUGUGCGCCUGCGACGUCCCGCACUGCAGCACGCCGACCUGCACGGGCAAGGUGUGCUUUGUCAGCAAGAGGAAGGAGGACGGGACCAUCACCCAGCACCGGGGCUGCUUCUCCCAGCACAUCCUGGAGAACUGCCACACGCCCGUGACGGAGCAGUACGGGAUGAGGUGCUGCGACACCAGCAUGUGCAAUGCCGAGCUGGAGAUCUUCCUGCAAGGAGAAGACACGCUGGGAAAGUUGCCUUCCCUGCCCAGCCUCCUCCUCAUGAUCUUCGUCCCGCUGCUCGCCCUCCUCCUCCUCGUGGCGCUCACAGCGCUCUUCUGCUGGAAGGUGGCCCAGCAUCGCCACAACAAAAGCGACCUGGGGGACAUGGACCUCAUGCUGAAGGCAUCUAUGAUGGGAGACAGCACCUUGGAGGACCUGCUGAGCGAUGACUGCACCACGGGCAGCGGCUCGGGGCUGCCCUUCCUCGUCCAGCGCACUGUGGCCAGGCAGAUCACACUGGUGGAGUGCGUGGGCAAAGGACGCUAUGGGGAGGUGUGGCGAGGCGUGUGGCAUGGGGAGAGCGUGGCCGUGAAGAUCUUCUCCUCCCGUGAUGAGCAGUCAUGGUUCCGUGAGACAGAGAUCUACAACACCGUCCUGCUGCGGCAUGACAACAUCCUGGGCUUCAUUGCCUCUGACAUGACGUCGAGGAACUCCAGCACUCAGCUCUGGCUCAUCACCCACUACCAUGAGAACGGCUCACUCUACGACUUCCUGCAGAGGACAGCCCUGGAUGUGGAGACCUGCCUGGGCUUGGCCUGCUCCAUCAUCUGUGGCCUUGUCCAUCUCCAUGUGGAGAUCUUUGGCACCCAGGGCAAGCCUGCCAUUGCCCACCGUGACCUCAAGAGCAGGAACAUCUUGGUGAAGAGCAACCGGCAGUGCUGCAUUGCAGACCUGGGGCUGGCUGUGAUGCACUCCCAGGGCAGCGACUACCUGGAUAUUGGCAACAACCCCCGGGUGGGCACCAAGCGCUACAUGGCCCCGGAGGUGCUGAGCGAGCAGAUCCGCACCGACUGCUUCGAGUCCUACAAGAAGACGGACAUCUGGGCCUAUGGGCUGGUGCUGUGGGAGAUCACCCGCCGCACGGUGGUGAAUGGCAUCGUGGAGGAGUACCGGCCACCCUUCUUCGACGCCGUCCCCAGCGACCCCAGCUUCGAGGACAUGAAGAAGGUGGUGUGCAUCGACCAGCAGACCCCCGUGGUGCCCAACCGCCUCUUCUCUGACCCGGUUUUGUCAGCGCUGGCAAAGAUCAUGAAGGAAUGCUGGUACCAGAGCCCCUCGGCCCGCCUCACCGCCCUGCGCAUCAAAAAGACGCUGAAGAAGCUGAACAAUUCCCUGGAAAAGCCCAAACCGGAGCAGUGAGCGCCGGGCAUGUGCUGGAGCAUCCAUGGGCUGCACUGGGAAUGCUGGCGAAACUGACACCGGGAUGGCUCCUGGUCACAAGGGGAGGGUGUUUGCAGCCGCUGCCUUUCCCACCCCUCCUCAGGGGCUUUAUCAUUGGCAAGGAGGGAGAAAACAGGGAAAACGAGGAAACACAGGGAGGAAUCUUGCAGGCCUGGAUCCAUCAUCCAGCGCCUGUCCAUUGGGAAUGGCAACGGCUGGCACCCCCCGCGGCACCGCAGGCAGCGGGCGCUGCCCCGACCUGCCUGCCCGGCGCGUUGGCAGCGGGAAUGCCGCGGGCUCGGCGGCAGCAGGAAUUCCCCGGCAGGGCUGUGCCGUGUGGGCUGGAUCUCAGCGGGAGAAGCGGGUCCAGCGGCAGAGACCCCCAGGGCCAGGUCUCGGGGGUCCCCAGGACAAGGAGCCACCGGCACCGAGCAUCCCCGGUGCUGCAGGAAUGCGCCGAGCGCCGGCUCCCGCAGCCAAGGGGCCUGAUUCUUCCCAAGGAGCUCCCCACGUUUCCCCCUUCCCAAGCCCUUUUGGGCUUUGCCAGCGUCUGGGUGUUUCGGUGCAACCCUUGCGGCCAGCUCCAGCUCGCACCGCUCGCCUCCAUCCGCGAACCCACCCCCCGUUGAGGGCUGUUGGUCCAGGACUGUGAUGUUCCACAGCCCCAGCUUUGCUCCACAGUUAUUUAAUGAUUAAGAUUUAAUAUAUUUAAUAAAGUGUAAAGCUAUUUGAUCGCUUAA